AGUAGCCUAAAGCAUGCGGUGUGGUGUGUAUAACGGGAGCGUUUGAGUGGGUAGCUGGUUCCCCCCAAACCUCGCGAGACUUUGCUCCAUUCUCCGGAGAGCGUAGACCGAGCAGCACAGACUCCUGUCUUGCCCACCCGGUCCCAUCACUGGACAGACAGACAGAGAGGGGGACACCGAGCAGGCGACAAAGGGCUUACCGACCGGCACCAUGGAGCUCAUCUGCCGGGUAAGAUUAAACUCACGGCUCUGGAUCUAGAAUAACCAUGGGAACAUGGCGUGGUCUACGAGUGGCGUUCAUCCUGGGGUCUUUGUUUAUGAUCCUGCUGAUCAUCGUCUACUGGGACGACGUCGGGGGCUUCAACCUCUACCCACUGCAGGACCACAAACACGAGUCACUUCACUCUGAUUCUUACCCUCCGGCGACUACAGGUCCCUCUACGUCCGCGAGCAGAGCCCAGACCAGUUCUUCCUUCCCCACUAUCGCUUCCAGUACAUCACUGGUCCCCGAGGAGACAGGAGGAGCACCUGAGGAACAUACAGAGGAGGAGGGGAAGGACAAACAAGAACAGAGGAAGGAGGAAACAAGGGAGGAUGAGGAGAAGGAGAGGAGUCGUAUUGCUGUCAAUGAUAGCGAACAGGAGGCGAGGAAGAAGAGGUUAAUGGAUGUGUGUUCAGGAAAGGACGCAGUGGAAUUCCCCGGAAGGACUCGGGCAUUUGACCUGAUCCCCAACAGGGAACUGGAUCACCUGAUAGUGGAUGACACACACCAGAUUAUCUACUGCUAUGUUCCCAAGGUAGCGUGCACCAACUGGAAGAGAGUGAUGGUGGUUCUGUCUCAGUCUCUGAUCUCGCCCUUCUCAGGAAAACCUUACACUGACCCAGAGGCUGUACCUCCCGACCUCGUACACAACUCCUCUCUCCACCUCACUUUUUCCAAGUUUUGGCACCAUUAUGGUUCUCUGUCCCGCCACCUGAUGGCACUCAAGCUCCAGCAUUACACCAAGUUUCUGUUUGUACGAGACCCUUUUGUUCGUCUUAUCUCAGCCUUCAGGAACAAGUUUGGAAGGCCCAACGAGGACUUCUACAGGCAGUUUGGUUCAGUCAUGUUGCGUCGUUAUGGUAAUGUGUCUGGCAGUUUGCCAGAGACGGCGGCGGAGGCGUUUUCAGCAGGAAUCAAACCAACGUUUCAGCAGUUUAUCACAUACCUGCUGGAUCCAGAGACCGAGAGGGAGAGUAUCUUCAACGAACACUGGCGGCAGGUGUACCGGCUGUGCCAUCCAUGUCAGGUGAAGUAUGACUUCAUUGGACAACUAGAAACCCUGGAAACGGACGCAGAGCACCUGCUGAAGCUUCUGGGGGUGGAUCAUCUGCUACGCUUCCCUUCAGGGGCCCGAAACCGCACUGCAACCAGCUGGGAAAGAGACUGGUUUGCACGGAUUCCCAUUUCAAUGAGGAGAGAACUGUACAGGCUGUAUGAACCAGACUUUGAGCUGUUUGGCUAUCCCAAACCUGACAGUGUGCUCCACUAGUAGACCACACCGAGCCAAAGGCCUGGGCACUGCACUGUGUGUAGAGCCCGCACCUCACCUACCUGCACACAGCCAGCAUAUGCCUUUAAAAAACAUUCUAUGAUGUUGUUUGUUUCAUUUGUUUUGUGCAUACCUCAAAUGACAGAAGUGCCUGCCAGUAUUAUUUUGUUUUUGUCAUCAUUUCAUAUCUGAAGCACACCUGCUUACAAUUACACUGCUACAUUAUAGUUCUCCCCAUGUAAAGGCACUUUGAAUAUUAUAUGUGAAUACUAUUUUGGUAAGUAAUAGGGAAAUAACUGGGGCUAACUGUUGGCUGACAUUUCUGAAGGGAAAUAUGUUGCAGAGAAAUAAAGUGUUUUUGUAAA